UGGGCUUGUUUAUCUAUUUACUUUUGAAAGCUGAUAGAGAAAACCUCCAUCAGCAGGUUCACUCCCCCAGUGGCCAUUAGCAGCCAGGGCCAGGCUGGGCCGAGCGCGAGCCAGGAGCUUCUUCCAGGUCUCCCCCGUGGGUGGCAGGGGCCCAAGCACUUGGGCCGUCUUCCAUUGCCUUCCCAGGAGCAUUAGCAGGGAGCUGGGUGGGAAACCGGGACUCGGAGGUGGGAUGCUGGUGCGAAAGCCUGAGUCCUCACUUCUUCAUGGAGCCCCCUGGCUGCCUGGACUGGAACAGCCAAGGAGGAGGGGCCCCCCUGCAGAGGGGACACGGGGGGGGGGGGGGGGGGCAGGAGGCGCCCACGGUGACAGCAGAGGCCAGGCUGAGCUCCUGACUUGAAGCUGGUCUGACGGGCACUUGAGAUGGAAUUGAGGGGGCACUAGGGUACUAGAGAGCAGGAGGAGCUGGAGAUUUGGGCUUGAAGUUACACAGAUGGUGGUGAACUUGCCUGGGGGGGGGGGGUGAGGGCAUGUGACCCAGGAGAGAGAGAGAGAAAGGGAGAGAAAGGGGCCCGGAGCUCAGGGAAGAGGAGGCUGGGGCUGGGGUCCCGGGGAACAUGGGAAACAGCGAAGUGUGGCCGGAGCCCCCUCUGCGAAGAGCUCCCCGCGGGGCGGGGCGGGACAGACAGGAGGCAGGCUGCCUGGGGCUCUGGCAUUGCCAGGCAGAGCAGGUGCCCUGGGGCCAGCCAGCAGGGGACCCAGCAGGUCAGAGAGGCCAGGGUCCCCCCCUCCCCUUUCUUCUUUGGCUUGGUCCCCCCGGCCAAAGCCACGGGGCCUGGGCGGGGGGGGGCAGGGACCCCCUCCGCUGGCCGCGGCAGCUGCUGCCGCCGCUGGUGACAUUUCACUUCCCGGAGAGCCCUGGCUUCAAAGUCUCUGCAGGGGUGGGGGAGGGAGACAAGGGGCUGGGCAGGGGGAGGGAGGGAACCAGAGCCGGCAGCCGCCACGGGAGAAAUCAGCCUCGGGAAUCUUCGGGAGCCCUCAGCUGAAGAUGUCGGGCAAGGUAGCCAUCGGCAGCGACAUCGGGCAAGCCCGCCGGGCAGUGGAGCAGCUACGGAUGGAGGCCGGCAUUGACCGUGUGAAGGUGUCCAAGGCGGCCGCUGACCUACUGCAGUUCUGCACGGAGCAGGCCAAGAGCGACCCCUUCCUUGUGGGCAUCCCGGCCGCCACCAACCCCUUCAAGGAGAAGAAGCCCUGUGCCAUCCUGUGACUCCCGGGAACCCCGGCACAGUGCCACCACCCCACAACCACCUCAAUAAACAUGAGGGGAACACUCA